AUGGCUGAACAAGGGGAGGAGAGCAUGAUGGCGCUCGAGGUUAAGGACGGAGACAGGAGCAUUCGCUUCUGCGAGGGCCAGAGUUUUGGUGCUCACCGCAGCGUUGCAGGUGAACUGGUCUUCCAGACUGGUAUGGUCGGCUACCCAGAGUCAAUCACGGACCCUUCAUACCGCGGACAGAUACUGGUCAUAACAUUCCCACUCGUCGGCAACUACGGCGUACCUUCGAGGGAGGACCGCGACGCAAUUCUGCAAGAUGUUCCGGCUCACUUCGAGGCCGCUGAGAUCCACAUUGCUGGACUCGUGGUGGCUUCGUACAGUGGUGAGGACUACUCGCAUUACCUCGCCACCUCCUCUCUUGGGACAUGGCUGAAAGAGCAGAAUGUGCCGGCAAUUAGCGGUGUGGACACCAGAGCAUUGACGAAGCGGAUACGAGAGAAGGGCAGCAUGCUAGGACGUCUGCUGAUGCAGACGGGCACUGAGCGAACCCAGGAUGAUGUCAUCCCUGCAAGUGGGACGCAGACACCAAAUGGCAUAAACGGCCCAAUGGCGGUUGCGAACCUGCCGAGCCUCCCAAAUCUCAACGCCUCAGACGGGACGUUGAGCGUCAACGGUGUCAACGGUGUCAACGGUGUCAAUGGACACUUCCAUAAGUCGAAGGAGGUUGCAGUCUACGACGAGAAGGCGUGGUAUGAUCCAAAUAUCAGGAAUUUGGUCGCGGACGUCUCAACGCCAAAGCCAAAGAUUUACUCUCCAAGUCCGUCCGUUGCGUUGCGUCACCCGUCCGGUAGACCUGUGCGUGUCGUAUGUGUUGAUGUUGGUCUGAAAUACAACCAACUGCGGUGCCUCGUCAACCGAGGCGUGGAGGUUCAAGUGGUGCCUUGGGACUACGACUUUCCCAAGCUGGCUGGAAAAGAGUAUGACGGCCUCUUCAUCUCGAACGGUCCCGGCGACCCGGCCAUGGUCGAGCAAACGGUCAAGCACAUCGCCACAGCCCUCGAAGAAGCUCGCACGCCAAUCUUCGGCAUCUGCCUUGGCCACCAACUUCUCGCACGUGCCGCUGGCGCAGAUACGCUUAAGAUGAAAUUCGGAAAUCGAGGUCAUAAUAUUCCAUGCACCAGCAUGCUAUCGGGCAAGUGCUACAUCACAUCACAGAACCACGGUUACGCUGUGGAUGCCGAUACCCUGCCUCCUGGCUGGACCGAGCUCUUCGUCAACGCCAAUGAUCACAGCAACGAGGGUAUUAGACACACCAACCGACCUUUCUUCAGUGUGCAGUUCCACCCCGAGAGCACACCCGGCCCUCGCGACACGGAGUUCUUAUUUGAUGUCUUCGUGCAGACGAUCACGAACACGAUCGAAGACCCGCAGAAGAUGGAACAGCCAGUCAGCUUCCCUGGUGGCGAUGCUGCUGAGAAUGCAGCUCUCAAGCCUCGGGUCAAUGUGAAGAAGGUGCUGGUGCUGGGUAGUGGUGGCUUGAGUAUUGGCCAGGCUGGAGAGUUUGACUACUCUGGUAGCCAAGCAAUCAAGGCGCUGAAGGAAGAAGGCAUCUACACGGUUCUCAUAAACCCGAACAUCGCCACAAUCCAGACAUCGAAGGGCCUGGCAGACAAGGUCUACUUCCUGCCUGUCAACGCCGACUUCGUCCGGAAAGUCAUCAAACAGGAGCGUCCGGAUGCGAUUUACGUUACCUUUGGUGGACAAACUGCACUUCAAGUCGGUAUUCAGCUCAAGGACGAGUUCGAAGCUCUGGGUGUCAAAGUCUUGGGCACGCCCAUCGACACUAUCAUCACGACCGAGGAUCGUGAGCUGUUCGCAAGGAGCAUGGAGUCCAUCAACGCGCCGUGCGCCAAGUCGAAGUCAGCCAACAACAUCAACGAGGCUCUUGAGGCGGUCGAAGGCAUCGGCUAUCCAGUCAUUAUCCGCGCUGCCUAUGCCCUUGGUGGUUUGGGCAGCGGGUUCGCGGAGAACAAGGAGCAGCUGUUGGACCUUUGCAACAAGGCAUUCGCUGCAAGUCCGCAGGUGCUCAUUGAGCGCAGCAUGAAAGGGUGGAAGGAGAUCGAGUACGAAGUCGUCCGCGACGCCCACGACAACUGCAUCACGGUCUGCAACAUGGAGAACUUCGACCCACUUGGAAUCCAUACAGGCGACUCGGUCGUUGUGGCUCCAUCUCAGACGCUUUCCGACCAGGACUACAACAUGCUACGCACCACCGCCGUUCGCGUGAUCAGGCAUUUGGGUGUGGUGGGUGAGUGCAACAUCCAAUAUGCGCUGAACCCAGACAGCCGCGAGUACUGCAUCAUCGAGGUCAAUGCUCGUCUCUCUAGGUCAUCGGCGCUGGCGUCUAAGGCCACGGGAUACCCACUGGCUUUCAUAGCUGCGAAACUUGGCCUGAACAUCCCUCUCAACGAGAUCAAGAAUACGGUCACGAAAGUCACCUGUGCUUGCUUCGAGCCAUCGCUUGAUUACGUGGUAGUUAAGAUUCCGAGAUGGGAUCUGAAGAAGUUCACCAGAGUUUCGACAUUGCUUGGAUCGUCAAUGAAGAGUGUCGGCGAGGUCAUGAGCAUCGGUCGCACAUUCGAAGAAGCGAUUCAAAAGGCCAUCCGGUCAGUUGACCCAAGCAAUCUCGGCUUCAACGAGACGACAGCCCUCAUGUCUAUCGACAUCGACACAGAGCUGCAGACGCCUUCAGACCAGCGCAUGUUCGCCCUCGCAAACGCCAUGCACAACGGCUACACCGUCGAGAAGAUCUGGCAGAUGACCAAGAUCGACAAGUGGUUCCUUCACAAGCUGAAAGGUCUUAGCGAUUUCGGCAAACUCAUGCGGACUUAUGGUAUCGAUAGCAUCUCGUCCAACUUGAUGCGGAAGGCCAAGGCGAUGGGCUUCUCAGACCGCCAGCUGGCGCUGUUUUGGGAGAGCAAUGAGCAGCAUGUCCGCCGCUCGCGGGUGGAGAUGGGCAUUAUGCCUGUGGUGAAGCAGAUUGACACUGUGGCGGCGGAGUUCCCGGCUUAUACGAACUACCUCUAUCUCACAUACAACGGAGCGGAGCAUGAUGUUCUGUUCAACGACAGGGGUGUGAUGGUGUUGGGAUCUGGUGUCUACCGCAUUGGCUCCUCAGUGGAGUUUGACUGGUGUUCUGUCAGGGCAGUUCGUACACUGCGGGACAAUGGGUAUAAGACUGUCAUGGUCAAUUACAACCCAGAGACCGUGUCCACCGACUACGACGAGGCCGACAGACUGUACUUCGAGAACAUCACGCUGGAGAACGUGCUCGACAUCUACCAGCUGGAGCACUCGAGCGGUGUCAUCCUAUCCAUGGGUGGCCAGACCCCAAACAACAUCUCCCUGCCACUGUACCGAUCCAACGUCAGGGUGUUGGGUACCUCGCCAGAAAUGAUUGACACGGCCGAGAACCGAUACAAGUUCUCUCGCAUGCUCGACAGACUGGGCGUGGACCAGCCUCAAUGGAAGGAGCUCACUAGCACAGAUGAAGCCAAAGACUUCUGCAAGAAGGUUAAGUACCCUGUGCUCGUGCGACCAUCAUACGUCUUGUCUGGAGCUGCGAUGAACACUGUCUAUUCCGAGCACGAUCUAGCUGCAUACCUUGCACAAGCUGUGGACGUGUCCAAGGAUCAUCCAGUGGUCAUCACGAAGUACAUCGAGAACGCCAAGGAGAUCGAGAUGGACGCAGUUGCACGGAAUGGUCUGAUGAUUGGCCACUUCGUUUCCGAGCACGUCGAGAACGCUGGCGUGCACUCUGGAGAUGCGACUCUAAUAUUGCCGCCGCAGGACCUGGACCCGGAGACCGUACGCAAGAUCGAAGAUGCGACUCGCAAGAUUGGUGAUGCACUCAACGUGACUGGGCCGUACAACAUCCAGUUCAUUGCCAAGGAAAACGAGAUCAAGGUGAUUGAGUGCAAUGUGCGGGCUUCGCGCUCCUUCCCGUUCGUCUCGAAGGUCAUGGGACUUGACCUGAUCGAGAUGGCGACCAAGGCUAUGACAGGCAUACCGGUGAGAGAGUACCCAGCUUCGCCAGUGCCGCCGGACUACGUCGCCGUCAAGGUCCCACAGUUCUCAUUCUCGAGGCUGUCUGGAGCAGAUCCUGUCAUGGGUGUAGAGAUGGCCUCUACCGGAGAAGUUGCAUGCUUCGGCCGGACAAAGUACGAAGCCUACAUCAAAGGCCUGAUCUCUACGGGCUUCAGGCUGCCGAGGAAGGCCAUCCUGCUGUCCAUUGGCUCCUUCAAGGACAAGACGGAGAUGCUGCCUUCAGUCGAGAAGCUGCACAAGCUUGGCUUCAAGCUGUUCGCUACAGCGGGGACAGCAGACUUCAUCGAGGAGCACAACAUCCCCGUACAGUUCCUGGAGGCUCUCGGCGAUGACGAACAGCGGCAGGAGUACUCCCUCACGCAUGCUCUGGCAAACAACCUCAUCGAUCUGUACAUCAACCUGCCAUCCAGCAACAAGUUCAGGCGACCCGCGAACUACAUGAGCAAAGGUUACCGCACCCGCCGGAUGGCCGUGGACUACCAAACGCCUCUCGUGACGAACGUAAAGAUCGCGAAGAUCCUCAUCGAGGCCAUUGACCGCAACUACGACUUCAGCAUCAGCAGAGUCGACUACCAGACUUUCGCCGAAGUGCCCACUGCACCUGCUGCCUUGCCACAGCCUUCGCAGACUUCAGUCACGCUGGCGGAUUUGCUGAAGGACUCACCAUUCACGGGCCGAGACAUUCUUUCGGUCAAGCAGAUUACCAAGGACGAGCUGCAUUUGAUCUUCACUGUGGCUGCCGAGAUGAGGCUAGGUGUUGAGCGCGGAGGCUCGCUUGACGUGUUGAAAGGCCGCGUGCUGUGCUCGCUGUUCUUCGAGCCUUCAACCCGCACCUCUGCCUCAUUCGAUGCUGCCAUGAAGCGACUUGGUGGUUCGACGGUGGUCAUCAACGAAGCCCAUUCCAGCUCUCAGAAGGGCGAGAGUCUGGAAGAUACCAUCCGCACACUGGAUCAGUACGGCGAUGCCAUCGUGCUACGGCAUCCGGAGGCCGAUAGUGUCGACAUUGCUGCCAAAGCUGCUGACCGCCCGAUCAUCAAUGCUGGCAAUGGCUCCCGCGAGCACCCAACGCAGGCGUUGCUUGACCUCUUCACCAUCCGCGAGGAGCUUGGCACAGUCAACGGUCUCACAAUCACUUUCACCGGCGACCUGAAGUAUGGACGCACCGUCCACUCCCUUUGCGAAAUGCUACGCCAUUACAACGUCACCGUCCAGCUCGCCGCACCCUCACCUCUAGCUCUACCGCGUAAGAUUCGGGAGACCUUGAAGGCUCGCGGUCAGCUGGGAGCAGAGUCGGAAACCCUGACUCCCGAGAUAGUUGCGAAGACUGAUGUGCUGUACUGCACGCGGGUGCAGAAGGAGCGCUUCGAGGACCUGGAUCUUUAUGAGAAGGUCAAGGAUGAGAUGGUCGUCAGUGCGAAGACGUUGCGAGAUGCUAAGGCGAACAUGAUUGUGAUGCAUCCGCUGCCGAGGAACAUGGAGCUGGCGAAGGAGGUGGACGAUGACCCGAGGGCGGCGUACUUCAGACAGAUGAGAUACGGCAUGUUCGUGCGGAUGGCGUUGCUGGCUCUGGUAAUGGCGCCGUGA